AUGCAUUGCAACAUCAAAAUCGCCUGCUUUGCAGUUGCCUGCCUAGCAGUGACCUCCCAUGCAGAUGCCUCAAGAAACACCGAGGAGAUUGGCGCCACUGAACAACAAAUCUAUGCGCGCAAUGCGCUAGAGAAGGAUGCUGCAGCUAUUAAAGCUGAGUUUGGUGAAGAUGUCGACACCAGUCUCGAUGGUUACGAUCACCUCCUCCUCACCCGCGAAGCAGGAGAGGUUGAAGACGAUGCCGAAUUCGCCGCGCAACUUGCCGCAUCCUUGGCAGAAGACGACGAGGAAUAUGACGCAGUUCCCGAUGGUGUCUCCGAGGAGGAAUAUCAAAAGGAAUUGGACGAGAAGGACGCAGCAGAUGAUACUAUCCCUGUUGAGCGCCGAGAUGCGGAUGCGAAGUUGGUUCUUCCAAAGUUGGUCUUUUCACCCUCUGCUGCUGAAAGGAAGCGCCUCGGACGGAUGAAGCCGCACUAUGUCAAGCACACCGAACGCGUCUCCGCGGAUCUGAAGCAAUUCAUGAGAAGGUUCGCUGACGACCCGGAUGGUGACGACGAAGAAGUCGACGUCAGCUUGGAGGGAUAUGACCAUGAGCUUGUCAAGAGAGAGUUUGCCGACAUCGACGACGGCGAGAAUGAUUGGGAGGAGCCACAGGAGGAGCUGAAGGGUUAUGAUCAUUCCAAGUUGGAGGAAGGUGGUGAGUUGAGUCCAGAGGAUGAAGCCAAGUACUUGAAGCGAUGGAAUCCGGUCGUCGCGAGGGACUUUGAGGAACUCGAGGAUGACAAUGAUCGGUAUGAGGCGCCUGAGGAAGAAGCCGAGACGAUUGAAAAGAGAGGUUACACUCGCCUGCAAAAGCUGCGGAUAGGAGUCAAAGCCCUGCUUGGUCAUGAAGGUUAG